UCCAUUUUAAAAAACUCUGUGAUAUCGUCCUGAGAAACGAUUUGGGAAUUUUUUUCAAAUCAUAUUUCCAAUAAGAUAAAAAUCAAUUAAUUUUGUUUACCCGGUAGUUUAUAAACACAAAAUGUCCAAACGUAGAAUAGAAGUGAUGGAUCCUUUCAUUAAGAAAAAAAGGGAAGAAAGAGGAAUACCUACUACAACCACAGGGAGCACAUCAACCAGUGCUUUAACUAAUCCAUAUACAGGACUGCCUUACACCCAAAAAUAUCAUGAAUUGUUCAGGAAGCGCAUUGGCUUACCUGUUUUUGAAUACAAAGCGGAUUUUAUGAGGUUAUUGGCUGAACAUCAAUGUAUCGUAUUGGUGGGUGAGACAGGUUCUGGUAAAACUACACAAAUACCUCAGUGGUGUGUAGAGUACGCUAGGUCUGUGGGUACUAAAGGAGUGUCUUGUACGCAACCAAGGAGGGUGGCAGCAAUGUCUGUUGCCCAGCGUGUGUCUGAAGAAAUGGACGUAGCUCUAGGCCAGGAAGUUGGUUACAGUAUUCGUUUUGAGGACAUGUCGUCUGCUAAAACCAUCUUGAAGUAUAUGACAGACGGUAUGCUUUUGCGAGAAGGAAUGAGCGAUCCUAUGCUUGAAGGUUAUCAAUGCAUAUUACUGGAUGAGGCUCAUGAAAGAACCUUAGCCACAGACAUACUUAUGGGUGUUUUGAAGGAGGUUAUCAAACAGAGAUCAGAUUUGAAAUUGGUUAUCAUGUCUGCCACUCUAGAUGCUGGAAAAUUCCAGCAGUACUUCGAUAAUGCCCCGCUGAUGACGGUCCCUGGUAGAACUCAUCCGGUCGAAAUUUUCUACACUCCCGAACCAGAACGUGACUAUUUAGAAGCAGCUAUCAGAACCGUUAUUCAAAUUCAUAUGUGCGAAGAAGUUCCGGGUGAUAUUUUACUGUUUUUGACAGGACAGGAAGAAAUCGAGGUAGCUUGCAAGAGAAUCAAAAGAGAAAUCGAUAAUCUAGGCCCGGAAGUGGGGGAACUAAAGUGUAUACCUCUGUAUUCCACCCUACCUCCUAAUCUCCAACAGAGGAUUUUCGAAGAAGCCCCGCCAAAUAAACCUAAUGGGGCCAUCGGACGGAAGGUGGUGGUGUCGACAAACAUCGCAGAAACUUCCUUGACCAUUGACGGAGUUGUGUUUGUGAUAGAUCCCGGCUUCGCCAAACAGAAAGUCUACAAUCCUAGGAUUCGUGUAGAGUCAUUGCUUGUUUCGCCAAUUAGUAAAGCUUCCGCUCAACAGAGAGCCGGUCGUGCUGGUCGUACGCGUCCAGGUAAAUGCUUCAGACUCUACACGGAGAAGGCUUUCAAAAACGAGAUGCAGGACAACACAUAUCCGGAGAUAUUGAGGUCGAACCUUGGCUCUGUCGUGCUACAACUCAAGAAGCUCGGCAUAGACGAUCUGGUCCAUUUCGAUUUCAUGGAUCCUCCAGCUCCGGAAACCCUGAUGAGGGCCCUGGAGCUGCUCAAUUACCUGGCCGCCUUGGAUGACGACGGCAACCUCACCGACCUGGGGGCUGUGAUGGCGGAGUUCCCCCUGGACCCGCAGCUCGCCAAGAUGCUGAUAGCCAGUUGCAACCAUAACUGCUCCAACGAGAUACUGUCGAUCACAGCCAUGUUGUCAGUCCCGCAGUGUUUCGUCAGACCGAACGAGGCCAAGAAAGCAGCCGACGACGCCAAAAUGAGGUUCGCGCACAUCGACGGCGACCAUCUCACCCUGCUGAACGUCUACCACGCCUUCAAACAAAGUAUGGAAGAUCCACAAUGGUGCUACGAUAACUUCGUCAAUUAUCGUUCCCUCAAAUCGGCCGAUAACGUCCGACAACAGCUUUCCCGUAUUAUGGAUAGGUUCAAUCUUAAAAGGACCUCGACAGAUUUCACCAGCAAAGAUUAUUACAUAAACAUCAGGAAAGCGUUGGUCAAUGGAUUCUUUAUGCAGGUCGCACAUUUGGAGAGGACCGGUCAUUAUUUGACCAUCAAAGAUAACCAAAUAGUUCAAUUGCACCCGUCCACUUGCCUAGACCACAAACCCGAAUGGGUGAUUUACAAUGAGUUCGUGCUGACAACUAAAAAUUAUAUAAGGACCGUAACAGAUAUAAAACCUGAUUGGUUGUUGAAGAUCGCCCCUCAAUACUACGAUUUGAACAAUUUCCCUCAGUGCGAGGCCAAACGUCAAUUGGAAAUAAUACAACAGAGGAUGGAUUCCAAACAGUAUCAACAGGGUUUCUAAAAGUUCAUUUUCGCAAAAAAAAAUUGUGAAUACUUGAUUGAAAAGUUAGUUUUCAUUCCAUUUUUGAAGGUUUCUUCAAGUUUCUCCAGAAUUAAUGUUUAUUCUGCUGUAUUAUGGUAAAUAUUAAUGAAAUAAAAUUAUUUAACAUUU